AUGGAGACAUUGCAGAGGAGAGUGGAGACAUGGAUCCGAGACCAGCGUACCAAAAUCCUCAAGGUGACGUGGCCUCCGCCGUGGAGGCUGGGGGUGAAGUGGCCGUGGCCGCCCAACGGCCGCCGCGAGCAGCAGAAGAGGAUUCAGGAGGAGCUGGAGUGCCACAAGAAGCAAUUGCAGGAGCUCUGCUACGCUGUCAAGGCGGAGACGCUUUCCGAUUUGCAGGAGAUCCUGUGCUGCAUGGUCCUCUCUGAAUGCGUAUACAAGAGACCUGUUGCUGAGAUGAUUCGGGCGGUGAACAAAUUUAAGGCUGACUUUGGUGGACAAGUAGUUUCAUUAGAGCGUGUCCAACCCUCUUCGGACCACGUUCCUCAUAGGUAUCUACUAGCUGAAGCAGGAGACACUUUAUUUGCAUCCUUCAUUGGGACCAAGCAAUACAAGGAUGUCAUGGCUGAUGCAAAUAUAUUUCAAGGUGCCAUAUUCCAUGACAGUUCAAUGGCAAAUGUUAAUGAAAGUGAACAAACAGAAGUAAGCAGUCAAGUGGAUAAUGGGGAGAAUGUGUCAAGACCUAUAGAAACAAACCCUAAGCAAGAUAACUCUACACCCAUGCCUGCUGUUCAUCGGGGAUUUAUGGCUCGCGCUAAAGGGAUACCAGCAUUGGAGUUGUACAGACUAGCACAAAAGAAGAGACGGAAGCUUGUAUUAUGUGGGCAUUCACUUGGUGGAGCAGUAGCUGUCCUUGCCACCCUGGCUAUCUUAAGGGUUAUUGCUGUUACAUCAAAAGAAGCAGAAAGGGUUCAGGUGAAGUGUAUAACGUUCUCCCAGCCUCCUGUAGGAAAUGCUGCACUUAGAGAUUAUGUUAAGGGAAAAGGAUGGCAAAAUCAUUUUAAGACCUAUUGUAUUCCCGAAGACCUGGUUCCGCGCAUAUUAUCUCCAGCAUAUUUUCAUCACUACAACUCACAGAACCCCUCAGUACCCACUACUGUAGGAAUGUCACCCACGGUGACACAGUAUAAGGAAGCAAACGGAAAGCAGAAUGAGGAAAGACUGAAAGAGAAAGAAGGAGACCAAUUGGUUCUGGGUUUAGGUCCCGUGCAGAGUUCUUUUUGGAGACUCUCGAGACUUGUUCCCAUUGAAGGUUUUAGGAGGAAGUUCUAUAAUAAAGGAAGGACUAUUGAUCCAAUUGCAACCUCUAUAGUUACUGAUUCUGCUUCAACAUCAGCUAUUGAGGAUAUAGUUACUGCUCCACAAUCACUUGAAAUCGAAGAGGGUUCUGAUGGGAUUUCUCUCCGGCCGUUACCUGAAAAAAAUGAAGAGAUUUCUGGAGGAUUCAAAAAUGAAAAAGUAUCUGGACAUUGUGGCGCUAGCAGUGGGGACAAGAAGACAUGGCGGAGCAUACCUUCCUUACCUUCGUAUGUACCAUUUGGACAACUUUAUCUCUUGGGCAAUUUAUCUGUGGAAUCACUAUCUGGUUCAGAAUACUCAAAAUUGACAUCGGUUAGAUCUGUAAUUGCUGAGGUAAAAGAGCGGUUUCAAUCACAUUCAAUGAAGUCAUACAGAUCCCGGUUUCAAAAAAUCUACGAACUCUGCAUGAAUGAUAAUGCAUUCUCAUUCCUGGGGAGGGAGAAAGAGCUGCAAUUCCCACAAUUGCAAAAGUGGAUAGGAAUUUCAGUUUCUGGUACGGUUGAACUUGGACAUAUUGUUGACUCUCCAGUUAUUCGAGCUGCUACUACUCUGGUUCCCCUUGGGUGGGCUGGUAUUCCCUCUGACAAAAAUGGAGAACCCCUCAAAGUAGACAUUUCUGGCAUUGGAUUACAUCUAUGUACAUUGAUUCAAGCUCGAGUGAAUGGUAAAUGGUGCUCGACUACUUUGGAAUCCUUUCCUUCUCCACCGGCAUAUUCUGAACUGCAACCAGAAAUGCAAAAGAUGCGCAUACUGGUUGGAGCUCCAUUUAGACGACAACCAAAACAUCAAAUAUCCGAGGAUGGGUUAAUGCCCGCGUUUCUGUCUAUUGAUCCAAGCUCGGUUGACCUGAAACUAAACCAAGUCAAAUCUCCAGAAAUGGAGGACAGAAAAGGCAUCAUUCCUGACGGUCUGGGUGAUUUUGUUGUAUUUUGCAGGACCGAUUUUUCAACUGUCGUCAAAGAGGUUCACGUAAGAACUCGAAGGGUACAAUUAAUCGGCCUCGAGGGUGCUGGUAAAACCUCUCUUCUCAAGGCAAUUUUGAGUCGGGGAAAAAGUAGUGGUCUCGAGAUGCUUCCAAUGGAUACUGAUUUACAAGAAGGUAUCUAUGGCGGUUUGUUCUAUUCAGAUUACGCAGGAGUAAAUUUGCAGAAUCUGAAUUCGGAGGCAUCCCGUUUUCGUGACGAGCUGUGGAAGGGAAUCCGCGACCUGAGCCAGAAAAUCGACCUAGUGGUCCUCGUGCACAACCUGUCCCACCGAAUACCACGCACCGCCGCCACAUCCUCACAAAACCCACCGCCCCCCGCUCUCUCGCUGCUCCUAGACGAGGCCAAGUCCCUCGGCAUCCCCAACGAGGAAGCUGCUUUGGAGGAACUGGCGAGGGAUCGGAUUUUGAUGGAGUUGGCAAGGGAACGUGCUGCGGCGGAUAGAGAGACGACAGAUAAAUCGAACUCAUUGAGUGCGGCAACGAUUGGUGCGUCUGUUGGGGCGGGAGUCGGGAUCAUAUUGGCGGUUGUCAUGGGAGCAGCUUCCGCCUUGAGGAAGCCAUGA